UGGAGAAGCGCCUCGACUUGAGAAUUUCGAACGAAAGACGGAAGCGGAAAAGUUGAUAGUCUCGCGACUCAGAUUCUGUCUAGUAUCUUAGUCCGAUGAAGCAGGUUUCACAGCAGACUCCACCAUUAGUAAGAAUAAAAUCUGUACUGCAAGGUUGGAGGUUGCCACGUGCGUGGGCCCUUUCAUCGCCUUGCCUCUCUAGUCUUGACAAAUCUACCUUACUGUAAACUGUUCCAUGACAGGAUUGGAAAUCGGUGAUUAGUUUAUUGCCUCCGUGUCUUUAAUCUUUCUCUCCUACACUUUCUUUUUCAUCCAGGUUCUAGUCUACGUGUUGUCAUUUUCUUUCUGACGUCUGCAUUACCCUCCUUUCCUUGCUUCAAGGUUAACGAGACCCUUUCUCUCUCUUUCGCAAAUCGUCUCGCUGUCAACUUCUCGGUAUACAAACUUGAUUCAGCUUCGUUCCGAGCGCUCGCGUUGCGCAUCGCCUUCACCAUGGAGAGCGCGUUCGCGAAACCAGUUGGCGAUGUCCUCGCCAACUUCAACGUCAACGAGGCUACAGGCUUGAGCGACUCUCAGGUCACCGAGCUACGCAACAAGCAUGGGCGCAACUCUAUUCCUGAGGAGCCUCCUACUCCUCUGUGGGAGCUUAUUUUAGAGCAAUUCAAGGACCAGCUAGUUCUUAUCCUUCUUGGUUCCGCCGCUGUCUCAUUCAUUCUGGCACUUUUCGACGAUGAAGAAGGCUGGAGUGCUUUCGUCGACCCAGUUGUUAUUCUCACCAUUCUCAUUCUCAACGGUGUCGUCGGAGUCUCCCAGGAAAGCAGCGCCGAGAAGGCUAUCGCCGCCUUACAGGAAUACUCAGCCAACGAAGCGAAUGUGGUGCGAAAUGGUGGUCAUGUUUCACGAGUCAAGGCCGAAGAGCUAGUCCCCGGCGACAUCGUUACAGUCUCCAUUGGUGAUCGUAUUCCUGCCGAUUGUCGAGUUAUCUCCAUCGAAAGCAACAGUUUCUCUGUCGACCAGGCAGUUCUCACUGGAGAGAGCGAGAGCGUCGGCAAACGCGCCUCUACCGUUAUCGAAGACGAGAAAGCCGUUCUACAGGACCAGACCAACAUGUUGUUCUCUGGAACAACUGUUGUAACUGGUCGCGCUCGAGCUAUUGUUGUUCUCACAGGCCCUAACACCGCUAUCGGAGAUAUCCACGAAAGCAUUACUGCGCAGAUCUCGGAACCCACGCCCCUGAAGCAGAAGCUUAACGACUUCGGCGACAGUCUAGCCAAGGUUAUUACUGUCAUUUGCAUCCUGGUUUGGCUCAUCAACAUUCCCAACUUCAAUGAUCCUAGCCACGGCAACUGGACCAAGGGCGCCAUUUACUACCUCAAGAUUGCCGUCUCCCUUGGUGUUGCUGCGAUUCCUGAGGGUCUGGCCGUUGUUAUCACUACCUGCUUGGCUCUUGGAACGAGAAAGAUGGCUGCUAAGAACGCUGUCGUCCGAAGCCUCCCCUCUGUUGAGACCCUUGGGAGCUGCAGCGUCAUCUGCUCUGACAAGACUGGUACUCUGACCACCAACCAGAUGAGCGUUAGCAAGGUUCUACAUCUCAACGAGGACGGUAGUGGUCUAAACGAGCUCGAUGUUGAGGGCACUACCUUCGCACCCCGUGGAGCCAUCAAGUCGAACGGUGUUGUCGUUCAAGACCUCCCCAACUCUUCUGCUACUAUCCGCCAAAUGACACAGGUAGCUGCCAUUUGCAAUGACGCUCAGCUUGCCUAUGAUUCUCGAUCUGCCACUUUCUCCAGCAUUGGUGAACCAACUGAGGGUGCUCUUCGAGUCUUGGUUGAGAAGAUUGGACCUUGUGCCCCUACCGAUACCCGCCCUGAAGAUUGUGUUCAUUAUGCCAGCGCAGCCUACCAGAAGGAACUACCUCGCCUCGCUACGUACGAGUUCUCCCGGGAUCGCAAGAGCAUGUCUGUCUUGGUUGGUAAGGGUAAUGAUAAGAAACUCCUGGUCAAGGGCGCUCCUGAAUCCGUUAUCGAUCGCUGCACACAAACUCUCGUUGGCUCCAAUGGCAAGAAGGUUGCACUCACCAAGAAGAUUGCUGACCGCCUGAUGAGCGAGAUUGUACGAUAUGGCAACAACGGUCUUCGAGUCAUCGCUCUUGCCAGCAUCGACAAGGUGGCUGAGAAUCCACUUCUGCACACUGCUUCUUCUACCGAACAAUAUGCCCAGCUUGAACAGAACAUGACUUUCCUUGGCCUCGUCUGCAUGCUUGAUCCUCCCAGAGAGGAGGUUCCCAGCGCUGUACAGAAGUGCAAGGAUGCUGGUAUUCGUGUUAUCGUCAUCACUGGAGACAACCGCAACACCGCUGAAAGCAUUUGCCGCCAGAUUGGCGUUUUUGGUCAGCAUGAGGAUCUUACUGGAAAGAGUUACACCGGCCGCGAGUUUGACCAGUUGUCUCCUAGCGAGCAACUUGAAGCAGCUAAACGUGCCUCUCUGUUCUCCCGCGUUGAACCCAGCCACAAAUCUCGACUGGUCGAUCUACUUCAAUCUCUUGGCGAGGUUGUUGCUAUGACUGGUGAUGGUGUCAAUGAUGCCCCUGCUUUGAAGAAGGCCGAUAUCGGUGUUGCGAUGGGUUCAGGAACUGAUGUCUCUAAGCUGGCUGCCGACAUGGUUCUUGCUGACAGCAACUUUGCCACUAUUGAGGUAGCCAUUGAGGAGGGUCGUUCCAUUUACAACAACACUCAGCAAUUCAUCCGGUAUCUGAUCUCGUCCAACAUUGGUGAGGUAGUCUCGAUUUUCCUGACGGCUGCUCUUGGUAUGCCCGAGGCUCUCGUUCCAGUUCAACUUCUUUGGGUCAACCUCGUCACCGAUGGUCUGCCUGCCACCGCUCUGUCUUUCAACCCCCCCGACCACGACAUCAUGAAGCGUCGUCCUCGCAAGAGAGAUGAAGCUCUGAUUGGCGGAUGGCUCUUCUUCCGUUAUCUCGUCAUCGGUACCUAUGUUGGUCUCGCUACGGUUGCUGGCUAUGCUUGGUGGUUCAUGUAUAACCCUGAGGGUCCCCAGAUCACUUUCCGCCAACUCACUCGCUUCCACCACUGCUCAGCUGACUUCCCUGAAAUUGGCUGCUCUAUGUUCUCCAACGACAUGGCCAAGGCAGCUUCAACGGUCUCCUUGUCUAUCCUGGUUGUGAUUGAGAUGUUCAACGCCAUCAACGCGCUGUCAUCCAGCGAGUCUCUCCUCACUUUGCCUCUUUGGAAGAACAUGAUGCUCGUUUAUGCCAUCGCUCUGUCCAUGGCUUUGCAUUUUGCCCUCGUCUAUAUUCCCUUCCUUCAAGGCCUGUUCUCCAUCGUGCCUCUGAACGUUCUGGAAUGGAAGGCAGUUGUUGCCAUCAGUGCUCCUGUUGUACUUCUCGACGAGAUACUCAAGGCUAUUGAGCGACAGUUCUUCAUGCAGACAACAACUGACAUUUCCCUUAAGACAAAGAAGGAACAAUAGAACGGUGUGGAUAGAGAGAUCGGCGAUGAAAACCUGGCGAAAUGUCAGCAUUGACUAGAAUCUACAUGUAUCAUAUUCUGACCAGUUCAGAGAGCUGCGAUUAGACCUAGAUGGCCACAUUGGCCUCCGAUAUAACGAGAUCCAAAUUUCUGGUUUCAUGCCAUUCAGUAAACGAAGAAAAAAGUAUAUAAGCAAGCAUGCAACUCAUCGGACAAGGGCCAUGAACAUUGUUGAUUCUUGAUGUAUUACAUAUGUAUAUAAAUAUCUAUUUGCCGGUUGUAUUUUCAAAUUCAGAUGUCAUGUUUCUUCGUUGAUCAGCUCACCAAGAGCCUUGCUCUCCUCCAUAAUCUCUCUAGCCUCCGAGGCAGACACAUCCAUAUCCUCCAUUAUCAAUUGUACAGCAAGUUCAGCAACCAACACCGACUGGAUAAAGGCUGCGGAACCACGACCGGCGAUGACACGAUCUUUUGUAGCAUUCUCUUUCAACGAUUCACCAAACUCCUCCACAAGGUAAUCGCACAUAAGUUUGCAGCCUCUUGGGCCAUAGUAACCUGGGUUGAGGUUGCCCUCCUUCUUGAGUGACCUGGCCUGGCCUGUUUCGAUUUUCUCUGCCAAAAUAUCACGGAAAAACGACUGUUUGCCAUCAACAAUCUUGAUCAAGUAUGCUCGAUGGUCAUCCAGUCGGCGUUCAAGACGGCUCCAGUCAACAUGAGGAUAGCCUCUUUCACGCCAUGUCUCCAUGGCAGUUUCUUUCUUGUGUUUAGCACAGAACCUUGUUUGCAUCUGCACGUUCAGUCUCUUCCCCUUGGAAUAAUCCUUGAGUGCCUGUUCCGACACGAGGUCCCCACACCACGGGCAUUUCGUCGUUAUAUCUUCCAAACUGUUCUUGUCUGCGAGGGACUCCUCAUUGAUCGUUUCUGUGUCGCUGAGCUCAUCUAGAUCUGAUAAGACUGGCGAUGAUAUGCUACCUAUAUCGCUAUUGCUGGUCUGCAUGCCAUCAAUCUCGGCUGGCGCAACGAAUGUGGCUGGUUUGUACUCGGGCGUCUUAGGUCGGUCCCCUGAUUUCUUUGGAGGGUAUACCGGAUGCCAGAUACCCGUUCGAUUCUGAGACGACAAGCGCGAUUUGCGAGGGCCGUCUUGUGAAAGUUUGGUGGUGUGAGCUACCUGGCUUUUUGUUAGAGUAGCGGAUAAACCACGGCUCGUGGGUUUUAUUUCUAUCUUCCCUCUCUUUCUAGGGGUCGCCAAGUCAUCCUGUGGUACAGGUCUCAAAGCAACCCCCGACUUUGUGGGACUACUGAAAGAUUCUUGUGAAACAGGUUUGAAGGUCGGCUUUUCUUCCGUCUGGGAGCUAUGUAAGAAGUCGUCUUCUUCGGUCUUCUCAUGUAUAAGCUCGUCCUUUGUCACUUUUGUCUCCCCUACAGACAGAUUAAUAAGAAAGUGACACGGUCGCCAGUUUGACGAACCUUUCAUUACUUGAGAACUUUGCGAGCCACGAGAAGCUUGCGAUCCUCGAGGCUGUGAGCUCCCAUAUUUUGCUUUGCUGUUGCCUGUAUUGGUAAAUCCCCAAGUGUCUUUGAAUUGACUCGCUGAGCCAUUCCCGGAUUUGCCGUCAAGUUUCCUUCGUUUCACGCUCGAGGAAGAUGUUUCCGCAUGAUUUCCCGCUGUCGAUGUCUUUUCUUCCUUCUGGUUCACCUUCCGAGUGACAUUCCUACGACUUUUACUGCUACUCGGGUUGCGGAAGGCUGUGCGCCUGAUAUCUCCACGAGCUGAAGUUUCUGGUUCGGAGUCAUCAGACUGCUCGAUGGGCGUUUGGUCCUGAGAACCACUUAGUCUCAGCCUUAAGUCUGCGGCUGAGGGUAUAUCGUCUUCGAUCUCAUCUUCGGAAGACAUGGGUAAAGCGUUGACAUCGUCAGGUUGCUGUUCAAGCUUUCGCUUUUCACAGCCACGAAUCUGGGAAAGAAGUGGCGGUGGUUUUUGGUGUCUGCUUAACCCCGUCACUCUGCCAGCCAUUGCAGAUCGCUUCCCCCUUUGAGAAGCCUAGAUGGAAAGGUAAGGGUUUUGAAAUGAACCUAUGUGUAGUGGUGAGAGAUUUGAGGUUUGGACGCUUCCGAGGGAGAAGGAAAGAACCCCAAAAGCUAGAGCAUCGCCAUAAGCCGUUUCAGAGCAAAGAAAGAAAUCAAAAGAAUGUGAAUGUACGAGCCAGGAUUUGAUAUGGCGCCUUCCUCCUUAACAAACAACUUAUCAACUGUGUUUGUUCCUUCCUUUACUGGCCAGGUAAGUUCACUGAGAUGUUGG